AUAUUUUUUUUAAAUUUCACUACUGUUUGAAAGCUACUAACGUCACACACACAUAAUGAGUAUUUUGUGGCUCAUUUUAAUAGUUCCGCUUCAAAUACUCGGUUUGAGACGCCCCGGCAAAGUUUAUGAAGAAUCAUACAAAGGAUAUUACAACUACGCUGACAUGACCGAUCGUCUUCAGCGGUUUUCUCAAAAAUACGCGCAUAUUUGCAGCCUCUCGAGCAUCGGAAAGUCUGUCGAGGGAAGGGAGCUUUGGGUCACGAGAAUAACAACGAGUCCGACUGCGGACAUACCGGGCAAACCGAGGUUCAAGUAUGUGGGUAACAUCCACGGGGACGAAGCUUUAUCAAGGCAGCUGCUAGUGUAUCUGAUCGAGUACCUGUUGACUCAGUUUGGCCGUGAUGUGAGAGUAACCGAGCUGGUGAACCGGACUGACAUCUAUAUAAUGGCCAGCAUGAAUCCGGACGUCUUUGAGCGCGCGGUGGAGGGGGACUGCACCGGAAGCAGCGCGGGCCGCGAGAACACCAAACAUUAUGACCUCGAUAAGAGUUUCCCAGACCGGGAUGAGUCCUUCAGUAAGACUUCAGAAGACAUACCGGAGGUCACAGCUGUCAUGCAAUGGAUUCUUGAUAAAAAGUUUGUCUUGUCUGGCAGUCUACGUGGGGGCUCCGUGAAGGCCACCUACCCCUUCAAUGAUGACCGUUCUUAUGCAGCCUCAGGGCUGACAACAGAUGAUGCUCUGUUUCGCCAUUUAACACACACCUACACUGAAAACCACCCCAUUAUGAAGAUGAACAAUCCUGACUGUCCUGAUGAUCCAAACAACCGCUUUGGACAUGGUUGGAUGCAGAACUACAACUACUUCAAAGGGAACUGUUUUGAAGUCACUUUUGGAUUGAGCUGCUGCAAGUAUCCACCAGCUUCUCAGCUUUCCAUAGAGUGGACAAACAACAAGGGGGCCCUUCUUGCCUACAUACACCAAGCUCAUAUCGGUGUGAGAGGUUUCGUAAUGACCAGCUCAGGCUUUGGUCUCCCAAAUGCAACAAUCUCAGUUUCUGGAACGGAUCACAACAUUACAACCUGGAUAUUUGGUGAUUAUUAUCGCCUGCUGCUGCCUGGAAGAUAUGACAUCACUGCUAGCUCACCUGGAUAUUUUUCAAGUACUGUCAAGAAUGUGCCAGUGAUUGAAGGCAAAGCCACACUUUUAAACUUCACUCUUGAGAAGCCUGCAGAGGAGAUGUUAUUGCUAGAUCAACCAAUAACCAUAACCAAUGACCAUCUGAGCACACCUGGGCCUCCCAUCUCAAAGUCUCCAAUCCAUACUUUGGAUUUCCAACAUCAUAGUUAUGAUGAAAUGGAGGUGUUCUUGCAACUGCUUAGUGUUGUCUUUCCUUCCAUCACUUACCUGAAAUCUGCUGGACGAUCAGUGCAGGGCAGGAAUCUUUAUGUGAUGGAGAUAUCCACCAAUCAGCAUGAUCAGCAAGGCAAACCAGAGGUUAUGUUUUUGGGUAACCUGCAUGGAAAUGAGUUUAUUGGUCGUGCGAUUCUCCUAAACCUGGUUGAGUACUUGUGCCGCAGUUAUGGUGAAGAUCCACUGGUCACACGUCUGGUCAAUAGCACAAUAAUUCACAUCAUGCCUUCCAUGAACCCAGACGGGUAUGAAUUAGCGCUAAAAGUUUUCAAGAAACGGGUCUCAGGAGACCUGAGCGUUAUUGGACAUGAUAACAGUCACCAAGUUGACCUGAAUGCAAAUUUCCCUAAAGAGUCAAGAUCGGGAAAUACUGUUGAAGCAGAAACUGAAGCAGUGAUAAACUGGAUCAAGGCCCAUUUCUUUGUGCUGACUGCAAGUAUACGUGGAGGGUUCAGGGGAGUUGUGUACCCGAGUUCCCUUGACUCUGUUGAUGAGGACAUGCUUAAAUCAGUUGCAGAAACCUAUUAUGUGAAAUCUCAGGCUUUUCAAGAGCCUCAGGCCUGUGAUGUGCCAAGAACCAGAGAGAGAAAAGGCACCAAGCACCAUCGUCCAGUAGCCACCGGAACUGAUAUGCUGACUUGGGCAUAUCACAGCACAGACACUUUAGCCGUUGACAUCGGUCUGAGCUGUGAACUGCUUCCACCAGAGAAGUUGCUCUCCGAAUACUGGGAGAAGAAUCACAGAGCGCUUUUGCACUUUAUACAACAGGUUCAUUUUUUUGUAAGUGGUGUGGUCACUGAUGGUCAGUCCGGCAAAGGCAUUGCUAAUGCCACAGUCAUGGUGGAAGGCUCAGGCCAUCGUGUCCACACCAGCAGCACGGGCCAGUACUGGAGACCUCUGGCUCCUGGUUCUUACCAUAUCACUGCAUCUGCUUCAGGUUAUACUCCAGUGUCAGUAUCUGUCCAUGUGUUGAAGACUCAGGUGGAGCCAGUGGACUUCAAGCUGAUCAGAGAUACAUUGCAGCCAUUUGUAGAGGAAGGAGAACAGAAGGACUUUGGGAAACUGGUGGAAUGGCUUUUAGCUCCUGGUGAGUUGGAUCAGUUGGUCCGCAGCCUUAUCCCUGCUCAGACCUUGCAGUACCGAACCUACAAGGAACACUCAGAGUUCCUGCGUGGAUUGACCGUCAAAUUCCCUCACAUCACACGGCUAUACAGUUUGGGUCAGAGCACUGAGUUUAGAACUAUCUGGGCUCUUGAGAUUGCUGGCAAUUUGAAGUUCCCUCAACCUGCUGAACCCAAGAUCCGUUUUCUGGCCGGAGUCCAUGGUAAUGCGGCAGUAGGUCCAGAGUUACUGCUUGAAUUUGCUUCUUUUCUCUGCCUCAACUACGGCAGGAAUCCCACCAUCACCAAGCUGAUUGACAGGAGCAGAAUACUGAUUCUCCCGUGUGUGAACCCUGAUGGCAGAGAGAAGGCACAAGAGGGAUUGUGCUCAUCCAGUGUGGGGUACACCAACGCUCAUGGCACAGACCUGGACACUGAUUUCUUUUAUGGAAAUGCAUCCGCACAGCCAGAGACGCGUGCAGUGAUGGAUUUGAUUUCUGGGGGGACUUUCUCUCUCUCAAUAGUGCUAGAGGGAGGCUCUCUUCUGGCUACGUACCCCUAUGACCGACCUAAUCAGCAUGCACAAAAUGAGGAGACAUUACGAUAUUUGGCCUCCUUGUAUGCCAGCAGUCAUCCUUUAAUGCACUUGGGUAAACAGAAGUGUACUAAAAAGUCAGCAGGAAUCCCAGGAGGUGUCCUUCAGGGUGCGGAUUUCAGAUCUCACACUGGCAGCAUGAAGGACUUUAGUUUGGACGUGGGCCAUUGCCCUGAAAUCACGGUGUACACUGGCUGUUGUAUGUUCCCAUCAGAAGCUCAGCUCUUCUCGCUGUGGAUGGAGAACAGACUGCCUCUUUUCCGCAUGCUGCUAGAGGUUCACAGAAGUCUGAGUGGAGUCGUGAGGGAUAGUAAAGGCCGUCCGGUGUCGGAUGCUGUUGUUGUGGUGAACGGCUCGAUGAAUGUUCAUGCAGACAGUCAGGGUCACUUCAACACUCUCCUGGCUCCAGGCACACAUCAGCUGCUGGUUCAGGCCCAUGGAUCUCGCCAAGAGCUCCAGCAGGUGCACAUAUCCUCAGAUAGAGUGACCGGGCCCAUUGUGAUCGACUUUACAGCAGACAGGGCUCCCCUCAAUCAGGCUGUGUUUGUAAUUACAACAGCCUCUCUGAUGAGCAUCUUGAUCUGCGCUCUCCUCAUCUGGCAUCUUCGCUCUGCCAUGUUCAGCCGCCUACAAGACGGGCUUCGUUGGUUGCAUCAAAAAAGGGAUGUCCUCCGAAUGGAAGCAAUCGCUUCAGAGAAGUCACCCUUGCAACAGGAGUUUCCAGAUGAGAGCGAGGAUGAAGAGGACCCUUUCCUUGUGGAGGGGCACUGAAUUUACUGUCACUGUGUUCAAGAAUAAAAUGUCAUUGUCUUUAUGCACCGUACGUCAAAUAACUUUGUGAACAACAGAUGCAGCUCUCUUAAUGUGUAAUAAACAGCGUGUUUUGUAA